AGUUGGUCUGGCUUCUGGCAUCGGACUUUCGGUUCGUCGGUCGAGUAGUUUCCUCACCAGUGUCGUUUUGUGCUCUACUCAUCUGUUUAUCGGUGUGUGGAUUUUUCUUGUACAUGGAUUUCCGGAGUGUUUUUGGAAUCGUUUCGUUCCGAAAUAUUCGCGUGUGCAAUCAAAUUCGCAAUAACAACGGUAGGAAGGAGUGUGCUGCCUAGGAAUUCCGAAUCGAAACCGUAGGAAUUUCCGUUUUCUUGUCCGGAGCGGACAGGUUCCGUCGAUCGGUUUGUGCUUGUGGUGGUGGUUGCCGUCGUUGUCGUAGCGACAGACACGUUGAUUGUUGACGACUGCUUCUGGCUGGAUCGCGAACGGUGCGAGCGAGGGGUGUGUCAACGUUCGGGAACGGACGAAAGGAGGAAGUUCCAUGUCCGCGAUCUUCUCCACCGAGCAAGUGGAUGUUAGUUUGAAAACGCGAAUUUAUUAUUGGAUCUUUUACGCUGAAAACGGCGAUUUUUCCGUUUGUAGAAACCUAUUUUGAGCGGUGUGAGUGUGCGCAAUCAUGCGUAAACAAUAGUCGCGUCAGAAAAUUUCAGUGUUUGGGGCCCUGUCGGACGGAUUGUGCUGCGAUUAACUUCUGGGCCAAAAAAAGUACGAUCUGCGAUCGAAGUUUCCGAGUGUGUUGUUUAUUGAUAAAUUUUCGAGGUGAAGAUUCUUUCGCCCACGACCGUGGAGGGUGUUAUUAGUUUGUGAGGUACCGAAAGCAAAGGCACCGAAAAAAGCAAUACCUGUUGCGAUUCGAAGAGGAUCUUUUUUUUUCGUGAACGUCCGUCGACGGGCAAAGGAAUUUCGCGUUUGUAUCUUUUUCCGAGUGAAUGAGUGAGUGAGCGAGAAGGCAAAGGAAUUUAGUGCCCCGAGACCAAACAGCAGCAGGGAAGCAGCUUCAGCGGAGCGUAUACGUAAAAAGAGGAACGACGAAGCGGAACUACUCGCCGAACUCAAAAUGGCGGAAUCAUAUUAUCAGGGCGACUACAUCAAACACCCGGUCCUGUACGAGCUCAGUCACAAGUAUGGCCUCACAGACAACCUCCCGGAAAGCUUGCUGCCCAACCGACUGGAAGAGAUCAAAGAAGCCAUCCGGCGCGAAAUCCGCAAGGAGCUCAAAAUCAAAGAAGGUGCCGAGAAGCUGCGGGAAGUUUCGACGGAUCGGCGAUCGCUCUCGAACGUGGCCUCCAUCGUCAAGAAGAGCAACAGCAAACUGGCAGAACUGAAGUCCGAACUGCACGAGCUCGAAAGCCAGAUCAUACUGACGCAGGGCAACAGCGUCAGCAGUAGUAAUGGACAGGAUAUGCUCCCCUCGCCCAUCACACAGAGCGGCCCAACCGAGCUCACACCAAAUGACAAAUUGCUCAUCUCGCUGGAGAAACAGCUCAGUAUAGAAACCAAGGUCAAAAAUGGCGCAGAAAAUAUGAUCCAAUCGAUCUCCAGUGGGCACCACGGCCGAGACAAGAAACUGCUAGCCGAAGCACACCAAAUGCUUGCCGAUUCCAAAGCCAAAAUUGAAUUCCUGCGGUUACGGAUACUGAAAGUCCGCCAGAAUAAGCUCAACAACAAGGAGUCGGAAGAGAAUGGAGAAAACAAGCCACGAGACCUGGAGAGUACGCUGGAAGACCGAAUCGACGAGCUGCGGCACCGGUUACGAAUCGAGGCCGCCGUGGUGGACGGAGCGAAGAACGUCAUUCGGACGCUACAGAGUACAAAGACAAUCGAUAAAAAGGCACUUCAAGAGGCCCAAACCCGCCUAUCGGAGUCCUCCCGCAAGCUCGACCUGCUCCGGAAAGCCCUCGAACUGCGGCGGUUAGAGCUGCCUCAGGAUUCCCAGGCGGCGAUACAGCUCAAAGCUGAACUGCAAAAUGUGCAAGCGUCCAGCCCGGUUCCAGUACAGUACACCUCCCUGCAUCCGUUCCGUGGUACGGCCCAAGGCAAGCCAGCCCACAGUUUGUCGUUCAGUCGAUGCGCCGCCGUUACCGGCAAGCUCGAGGUCCGUCUAAUGGGUUGCCAGGACCUGCUGGAAGACGUACCUGGCCGAUCGCGUCGCGACAAAGACUCCAGUUCUAGUCCGGGAGACCUGAAAAGCUUCGUCAAGGGUGUCACCAGUCGAAGUUCGUCCAAAAGCUACAGCGUGAAGGAUGAAACGUCAUCCGAGAUUAUGGCUGUUAUUAAGUUAGAUAACAUCACUGUAGGUCAAACGUCGUGGAGGCCCUGCUCGCAGCAGGCUUGGGAUCAGCGCUUCUCGAUAGACCUAGAUCGGUCACGGGAGCUGGAGAUUGGUAUCUACUGGAGAGACUGGAGGUCACUGUGUGCGGUGAAAUUCUUACGUCUGGAGGAGUUCAUAGACGAUAUUCGGCACGGGAUGGCUCUGCAGCUGGAACCGCAGGGCGUUUUAUUCGCCGAGAUCAAAUUCCUUAAUCCCAUGAUAUCGCGCAAACCAAAGCUCCAACGCCAACGGAUGAUCUUCAACAAGCAACAAGUGAAGAAUAUUCCCCGGGCAAAGCAGAUGAACAUCAACGUAGCAACGUGGGGUCGAUUGCUGAAACGAAACACAAGCACACCAGCGGCAGGCACCGCUGGGGCACAACCAAUGAUUACCAGCCCAACGACACCCAGUACCAUCUCUGCUCCAUUCGAUAUCGUAACAGAAAAUGAUCCGGUAGAAACGCUUGGUGAGUCUGCGGAUUUGAACACAAUCGGAUUAGGCGGUGGCAGACCGCUCGGAAUCCACGGUGUUGCCGUCCUUCCAGAAAGUCCUUCAUCCCAUUCGCUGCAAAAUCAGGUUACCUCGCCGACUGGACUGCGACCGAUGCAGCAGCCACAAUCCAUCAGCACGCCUCCCAGCUUCCGACAGAAAAAACCUCCAAUGCCAUCACCUCCAUCGCAGCAACAAAUCGGUUCACCUGCAUCGAGCAAAAUAGACCAAGAGUUACAGAACGCUCUGCGGGAGUUCGACUUCCUUCAGCAGCACGACAGCACUCUCGGUGAAAGCCAGCAGCAGCAGCAGUACUCGGAGGUUACGCCGCAGUUUGCCAGCCAGUCAGCAGCACAGCGGAAUGGCGAAGGCGAAGGUGCCGCCGAUGAUGACGACGACGACGACUACGACAUACCGCCGCCUCCACUGCCCGCGACCCCUCCACCGACGACACCGGCGGCCUUGCAAAAGUCCCUCUCCGGGGAUUUGCUCCGCCCGGUGCUAUCGAUGCCACCGGUAGUGCUGAUGGGAGGCGGUGGGUCGAACCGCAACAGUUACAUUUCGUACUGCUCGGCCAGCCCGAUCGUGGAGGAACCGCCGUCGCCGGCUCCGCGCGUGGACUUUCCGUUCGAUGAUUACGAUGGGUACUCUGUGACGGUCAGCGAAGGUGGCGGGACAUACGACGAGAUUAUCGAGAUCAUUCAACCAUUUGAUCAGCUGGGCGUAUCGAGCAACGUUGUACCACUGCAAACACCACAUCACCACCAGCAGGCACAAGCGGCGGCAGCUGCAGCGGCCGUAGCCCUCCAACAGCAGCAGUACUACCAACAGCAGCAGCUGUUACUACAGCAACAGCAACUCCAGCAGCAGCCACAACAACAACAAGCCCACCAACAACCGCAGCCACAGCAUGAUCUGGCAGUCGCUGGUCCGGCAGCUGCGGUCCCACCGAAUCGGCGGCAAGGUCCGGCGCGGGCCCUCCAAUAUCGGGACAGCGCGUACGAAAGUCGCCGCCAGUCGCAGGCUGGCGCCACCGGUAUGCACAUCGACAGCUUCCGGCUGUUGAGCGUUCUGGGCCGGGGUCACUUCGGCAAGGUCAUUCUGGCCCAGUACAAAAACACCGGCGAGUACUUUGCCAUCAAGGCACUCAAAAAGGGCGACAUCAUCGCCCGGGACGAGGUGGAAUCCUUGCUCAGCGAGAAGCGUAUCUUCGAAGUGGCCAAUACUAUGCGACAUCCGUUCCUGGUGAACCUGUUCGCUUGCUUCCAGACUGAGCAACAUGUAUGUUUCGUGAUGGAAUACGCCGCUGGAGGUGAUCUGAUGAUGCACAUCCAUACCGAUGUGUUUUCGGAACCUCGAGCGGUAUUUUACGCCGCUUGCGUUGUACUCGGUCUGCAGUAUUUACAUGAGAGCAAAAUCAUCUAUCGUGAUUUGAAGCUCGACAACUUACUGCUGGAUACGGAAGGUUACGUGAAAAUUGCCGAUUUUGGCCUAUGCAAAGAGGGAAUGGGCUUUGGCGAUCGUACGGGAACGUUCUGCGGUACGCCCGAGUUCCUUGCACCGGAAGUACUCACCGAAACGUCGUACACGCGGGCAGUUGAUUGGUGGGGCUUGGGAGUGUUGAUCUUCGAAAUGCUUGUGGGAGAGUCACCUUUCCCCGGGGAUGACGAAGAAGAAGUAUUUGACUCGAUCGUUAACGAUGAGGUCCGGUAUCCGAGGUUCCUGUCGCUGGAAGCGAUAGCCAUCAUGAGAAGGCUUUUACGGAAGAACCCUGAACGGCGACUAGGCUCGUCAGAACGGGAUGCCGAAGACGUAAAGCGACAGGCCUUCUUCAGGAACAUCGUCUGGGACGAUCUGUUGCUUAGGAAAGUGAAACCUCCGUUUGUGCCAACCAUUCGUUCCGCGGAGGAUGUUUCCAACUUUGACGAAGAGUUUACAUCGGAGAAGGCCGCCCUCACUCCGCCCAAGGACCCGCGGGUUCUGACCGAGAGCGAACAGACUUACUUCAAGGACUUUACUUAUAUGGCUGACUGGUGUUGACAGUAGUGGUAAUAAGUAGGGUAGAAAGCCACCCCCGGUACAGGACGACACCGGCUGGGUUCAGCGAUGCAACAAAAAGGUUUCCCCACUCCCCUAAACAAAACUCAAAUAUCUACCUACAAAACUUUAGCUACCUAAUGUCUACUGGUUAUCACUGUGUAUCAAUCUAUACUGCAACUAUGACCGCGAUCAUUAACCUAAUAAGAGUAUGUAUUGAAUCAGGCUGCUGUACCACUUCAACUAUCUGCUAUUACGGUUAGGAGCACUACGUUUGUUCGUUGUUCUGUUUGUUACUUUUUUGCUUGCGCAGCUACUAUUACGACACGUCUCCAUGCAUAUCACACUCAUUAUUCCUUGAUUCAUUGCGAAAAAAGGCAUGAAGAAAAUUGCGGCAAAGAAUGGGCGCAAAAACCUUGUUAAUAUAUUAUUAUAAGGCAUCAUAGUGAAACAGACAAAUUAUAUACAAAGGAAGAGAAAUUAGGAAACAAAUAAAUAGUGCAUUGUUGGACAAAAACAAACAGUUGGUUUGGCACAUGCGUUCGAAAAGUCUUCCAGAGGACACACCCAUAAACAAGAAUCAGGAUACAUAAUGGCUUCUCAGCUUGUUUUUAGAAGAAUUUAAGCUUAGCCGUUGUUGCAUUCACUUUCCCUCAAACACAGUCAAAGAGAUGAAAACAAUCGAAAAGGAAUAUUUAUCGGGUGCCUUUCGUUAGUUGUUGUUGAGAUUGUUGCACGCACGCUGAAUUUGUGAAAAUGGUGUGAGACUUUCACACCAAAAUUGUGUAUAAUUUUGCUUUAGUUUUUAUUUUUGUAUGAUUAGACAAUUUCCUAGCAGUGUCAGAAGAAAGCAGUUGUCCCUAUACAAUUAAAUGUAGACAGAACUGUAGAAUGAAUUGAGAAGGGUGGUUGGGAGCUAAACGUGUUCCAGAAAAGUUGUUUUCAGAUUGCCUUUAUUUAUGGAUGAAUUCUGCUUUGCUAUGAAAUUCUAUCUACCAUUUUUUAUACAGAAAAACACUCAUACACUCACCUCAAGAUAACUGUAUGAUAAACUUGAUUGCAAAGACCAUGAGGCAACAUGCAUCGUAUUAACACGGGAGCAAGCAUUAUCAUCGCAUUAGUUUUUGAGAAAAGAAUUAGAGAAAUGCAAGCUAAGUUGCAGAGCGCUGCCGCUAAGAUUAGACAAGGCAAAACCGUUGUUUAUUAUUUUUAUUUUAGAAUCAAUAGUUAUGUUACGCUAGGUUACACACAUCAACAUUAACAUACACACAUGUGAUUAUAACUUUUAUCGAGAAAAAAAGAAGAAAAAUAAUGAUAAUAUACAUUACGAAACAGGAACAUAAAUAUUGAUUAAAGCGAGAUGAUAAAAUGUACUAAUAGUCGUUUAUUGAUAAAAGCAAUUUAUGCAUUUUUGAAAAGGUUAACAAAUGUACUGGAAAAUACAUUACAA